AUGGAUCGUGAAAGAGUUGUACAGGCCCUACAGGCCACAACGUCAUCAACGCAACAAGGAGAGGCAACAACUUUUUUGGAUCAGGCUACAAGGAUAAUAGGAUUUGCACCGUUACUAUUACAAAUCAUUAUGGAUGAAGCAACAGAUUGCUCAGCUCGUCAGGCCGCUGUUAUUUAUUUGAAAAAUGUCAUCAAUAGAAGUUGGGUAGUUGAUGAGGAAGUGAAGACACCCACGUCUUUAGUAAUGUCUGAACAAGAUAAAUACAUUAUUCGGGAACACAUCAUUGAGGCGAUUGUUGCAUCACCAGAGCCUAUACGUGUACAGUUAUGUACUGCGGUCGGAAUGAUAAUGAACCACGACUUUCCUAAGAAAUGGCCUCAUUUGCCACAAAAAAUUACCGGGUUAUUACACUCGAUAGACGGGCCUUCAUGGCUUGGAGCAUUAUUAGUCUUGCGUCGCCUCGUUAAGAUUUAUGAAUAUCGGAAAGUUAAGGAAAAAAAGCCUUUGAUCGAGAUUAUGAAAGUCUUAUUACCAAUGCUCUAUGAAAGGUUGUUAACACUAAUGCCAGAUGCAACUCAAGAGUCCUGCUUACUGCAAAAAAUUAUACUGAAAAUUUUUUAUGGCCUUGUUCAGUUCUCUUUAAACUUGGAAAUGAUUGACGUUAACUCAAUGAUGCAAUGGCUGGAGCAGCUGCGUAUUGUGGUUCAAAGGACAGUUCCUGAAGAAGUCAAUACUAUACCGGAAGACGAUCGUCCUCGCACAGUUUGGUGGAAAUGUAAAAAAUGGGCGAGUUCUACUGCACAACGUGUUUUUGAGAGGUAUGGUUCACCUGGUCAGGUUGAAAGCGAGUACACAAAUUUUGCUGAAACUUAUAUGGCACAUUUAGCAGUUCCUACUAUACAGACAUAUUUAUCUCUUCUUGAUAGCUAUCGUCAGGGUUUAUAUGUUUCUCCAAGAGUGUUGCACGCUAUUUUACAGUAUUUAACAAUUGCUAUCGCACAGUCUCGCACGUGGAAAGUUAUUAAACCUCAUUGCCAGGAGUUAGUUCGGACUAUUCUGUUCCCGCUUAUGCGACACUCCUCCGAGGACGAAGAAAUGUGGAAUGAUUCACCUGAAGAGUAUGUACGAAUGAAAUACGAUAUGUACUAUGAAUUGUACAGCCCUGCAAUGGCUGCAGUGGAUGUACUGAACGGAGCUGCAAAACGAAAAGGAGUGUUACAACCGAUUUUACAAUUUGUGCUAGGCGUAUUGAACAAUGCUGAAACAGAUCCUGUGGAUCAGGACGGGGCACUGAGGAUAAUUGGUGAAUUGGCAUUAACUUUGAACAAAAAUAAGUUGUACAAAAACGAUGUGGAGAAACUUCUUGAUGCAGUGGUAGUGCCAAGAUUGUCUCAUCCUGCACGCUUUCUACGUGCUCGUGCUUGUUGGGUUGCUAAGGAGUAUGGGGACGCAAAAUUCACGUCUCCAAAAAUUUUGGAGAAAAUCAUCACUUUGCUUGUCCAACGGCUUGCGGAUGAAAAUGAGGAGCUUCCAGUUAAAGUUGAAGCAGCGAUUGCUAUUCAGUAUUUGUUGCAUGGUCAAGAAAAAGUUAGAAUGUUGUUAUUACCUCACGUUCGUGUUGUUAUCCUUGAAGUGUUGAAGUUAGUAGCUAAAGCUGAGAUUGAAGCGAUGACCUCAGUUAUGGACGAAAUCAUGGAGGAGUUUGUUGAACACGUGAUACCUGUUGCGGUAGAAGUCACUACUGAGCUGGCAAAUAUAUUCAUACAGUUGGCUUCAGCAGAGAGUCAAGAGGAAGACCGAACGGUGACUAUUUUGGGGAUUCUUUCCACGUUAGGUUCAGUUCUAGAAAUUGUUGAGGACAAUAAGGAAGUUAUGUUUCACGUUGAGGAACAAGUGCGCCGUGUAAUAAAAUAUGUUCUAAGCACUUAUCAAAUAGAUUACUUCGAAGAGACAUUUGCUUUGGCUAACUCGUUGAUUUUAAAUUCUGUUAGUGAGCCUAUGUGGGAGAUUUUCUUCGACGUUCAAAAAGUUGGCCUAAAUGAAGGAGCACAGUUAAUCAAGGCAUCUACUGCAGUUUUUUUAGAUAUGAUGCCACUGUUGCACUCCUAUCUGACUGUCGAUACCGACAGCUUUUUGGCUCGUCCAGAGCGAAUAAAUGGCUUGAUUGAAAUUAUAGUUAACAACGAGACGGGUGAGGAUGAUCAGGCACACGCAGCAAAAUUAUUUGAAUGUCUUUUGCUUCAGUGUCAGGGUCGCAUUAACAAGUUAGUGCCAGAUAUAAUACAGUUGGUUCUUAUGCGUCUGCAGGAGGCCACUGAGUCACAAGACUUGAACAUUGCACUUUUGAUGGUUGUUGCUGCUGGGAUUUACUAUGACCCUCAACAUUUUCUCACUUUUGUGUCUCAAUUACAACCACAUGGAGCGAACACUUUGAACUAUAUUACCAACGAAUUACUGACUGUCGCGUCGAAGAUUGAUGGUAUUCAUAACAGGAAAAUGGUCGUUAUUGCUUUGUGUACAAUGGCACGGUUGCCAUUAAAUAGCAGACCUUCGUUGAUUGUUGAGCGAGCAAACGCGGUGAAUGAGAGUAUCGUUUUAAUCCUAGAAGGGCUACAAAAAGCCUUGAAAAAUCAGGCAGAAAAUCGGCUCGCUGAGGAGAAGCGUCAAGAACAGGAGGAUAGCGAGGAGGAAGAAGAACGAGAAGAUGAUCUUGCUGACAGUGAGGAUGAGAUCGAUGAAGGUACCUUGGAAUAUCUUGAAACUCUUGCAAAACAUCAACGGAAGGCGGACAGGUCGGGAGAUGCCAGUGAAGGCGAAGACACUGUUGGGACGGAUGAUGGGGAUUAUAGUGAUGAGUGGGAUGAUGAGUCAUUGGAAGCUUAUACUACUCCGAUUGACGAAGAGGGUGGUGCCGACGUUUUUGUUUUUUAUAAAGAAACUUUGGAAGUGCUGCAGCAGUCGGAUGAAAACUUAUUUAAUGCUUUAACUUCAUGCUCCGAUGAAGAAAAAGCUACUGCUUUACGUAAACUGCUAGUGGUUUGUCAGCAGAGGAUGAAUUUGGCAAAAAGUAAACAGGUCGAACAACAAGGGGGCUACGUUUUUAACGUUGAUGCACCAAUACCGACUUCAUUUAAUUUUGGCAGCGGUUCUGUUAGUUAAAG